AAUAUAAAGUGGUGGCUCUGUAUUUUAUGGAGAGUAUUUUCACUUGGUAUUGCAAUAUCUACAUCGGGUAUUUAUGGGUCUCCAUCUGUUUCACGUCCAGCUGGCAGGAGAAAAAUCCUCAAACUGGGCACAUUACAAGGCGUUGGUGACUCGCUUACAGCCCACCUGUCAUCCACAGCAAACAGAAAAUCAAGCCCGAGGAUACUCUCUCACAGUAUCUCAUUCAGAACACCCCAACUCACACAAGGACUCAAACCAGCGCCCGCAAGGAUAUAUUCCUCUCCACCACCCCAGAUCCAGCGCCUUAUGCUUCUCGAUAGGCCUGUACCAAAGUCUCAACGUGAUUUUGCUGCGCUCCCGGACGUUUCGGUUACGUGUUCCAGUGGUGACUUCGUGGUCCGGGUCAAACGGGAUUUUUAUGGUUUUGAUGCCAACGCCGAUGAGUUGACGCUGGGAAGCACCUGCAAGAGUAACGGUGUUCUCAUGCCUUAUGGUGACUUGCUCUUCUCUUAUCCAUUGAUGGAGUGUGAUGGCAAACGGCAGAUGCCACCGGGUUAUCUCAUCUAUACAUUUGUGCUCCAUUACACGCCUCUGACCCGGUUCCCACGCAGAGCGCAUCGCUUUAACGUGCAGGUCGAGUGUCGUUUUCAAAGGUAUCAUCAUGUUUAUCAGCUGGUGGUUCGCCCUACAUGGGAAACACCCGCCGUGCUUAAAAAGCUAAAGGGGCGCGUUAACUUCCGAAUCCAGCUGAUGGACGAUGCAUGGGCCAUGCCAGCCAAGUCCCAGGUGUACAUGCUGGGACAGACCAUUAAUUUCCAGGUUUCUGCACUUCACCUACCCCAUGGGGGAAAGCUUUUCAUCAACCACUGCUAUGCCACAACAUCUAAAGACUCCAAGACAUCCCUCAAGUUCACUGUCAUUGACAACUUUGGCUGCAUGCUGGAAAGCCAGAAGAACCCUGGUGGCUCUCAGUUUGUCUCCCCCAGGACUGAUGACACCCUCCGCUUCUUCCUCAGUGCCUUCCAGUUCACCUCUGACCCAGACACACCGGUCUUCCUUCACUGUAAACUGCAUGUGACAUCAGAGGAAACCGGCCCCAUGCACAAGUCUUGCACCUACCAAGAGAACAGGUGGAAAGCUGUCAUGGGAGAGGAUUCCAUCUGUGACUGCUGUGACUCCAAAUGUGUGACACCGAAAUCCAGAAGAUCCAUGGUGGAGGGGUUUGCCAGCAGCGGGCCUCUACUGCUCUUAGAUCAGCCAUCUGCACCAAAGGGUGGUUUCCCACCAGUCAGUCCCUCACUAGUUGAAGACGUUGUCUGGUUUGAGACCAAAAUGGAUGAGUUUGACAACCCAGAUGAUCUACUGGAAACCAUUGAUGUGGAGAAGUAUCGUGAUAAGGAAGAGCAGAGUUAUACUCGUUCCACGGAGAAGCAACAUAUAGAGGAGGAUGAAUCCGUGCCGUUGGAGGGUGAGCAGUCAGAGGUGGUUCAGACUGAGUUUCCAUGGGAGAGGGCAGAGGGGGGGAUAUUUGAAGGUACACAGGGGUCAGGGUUGAGACUAGAGUUUCCAUGGGAGAGGGCAGAGUUGAGAGAGAGGAGUCAAUGGGAAAGUGAGGGAUCAGUGUUGACCGAGGAGGGCUCCAUUGAAAGGCAAUGGAUGCAUCCACAGGAGGAGUCCUCCCUGGGAUCAGGGAUGGGGGGAAAGUCUGUAUCACAGGAAGAGGUGGUUUCACAAUCCAUGAAGGAAUGGGGAUUUGGGGUGGGUGAGGAGCAGCCACUUGUGAUUCCUGAGGAUGAGGGGAAGGAAGAGGAGUCUGGGGAAACAGACGAGGAUGACAAGAAGUUUCCACUCUUCUCUGAGACUGGUGAGGAGGUCAUUGGUGACUAUGACGGGCUGGUUGAGUCCGGGAUUGACGGUGGGAAUGACUUGCCCAGGGUUUGGCAUUUCAAGUGGCGAUGGGGUCAGUGA